GACAGUAUGGCGGACAACGAGAGUGAUUUAGAAACAGACGGGCUUGAAUUAGCCCUGGACACACUGUGUAGUAGACACUGCAGCGACGAGUUGUCUCUGAAGAGCAAGGAAUAUUGCUCUGAGUUCUGUGGGCUAGUUGAGGAGUACACAGGGCAAUGGCACGUUCCUCUGCCUCAGCUGAAGGUGCUGCGGACUGCACUCUGUAAUUUCACCAAAGCCACUGCUGCCUUCCCCGACGACUGUCAACACAUCCACUAUGUUCUCAGCAGUAUGGCCCUGAGCUUUUUCGAAUUGAUGCUGUUUUUCAGCAAGGAGGAAUUUCUGGAGGAACCUUUAAAAGACAUCCUUGAUUCUUUUCAGGCAUGCCACUCCCGACUCCUGAGGCACAGGAACAUCUACCUUCACCAUGUAAAGCAGAUUAUGAAAGCAGGAGGCCCAUGGGAGAGUCCAGUUUUGCAAGGAAUCUUGAAGGAGGAAGACUUGCCUCCUAAUGAAGUUGAGGACUACUUGAGCUCAGAAUUGCCAGUAUUCUUGGAGCUGCGGGUUCGAUAUCUGCAGGCCUGUGAACGAAUAAAGGAGGCAAUGGCCCUGUCUAAAAGCUGCCUGGAAAACCGUGAGGCUGGAAAGCAUCUGUUCUUCCAUCAGGCCUACCUGACCUGCCUCUACAAGGCCUCGCUGCAUGAAAACCUUCACAAGAAGAUGGCAGAGAUUGACGGCCGUGACGCAGUGGAGAUUAUCUGCAACACAGAGAGUGUUGAAAAAGAUGAGCUUUUAUUGUCGCUGUGUAAAGCCUUUCUUACCCAGCAGCUACACAAUGGAGACAUGUAUUACAUUUGGGACCUGGUGUUCAUCUGGAGCAGGUUGUAUCUAAGGGCCCAUCCCUCCAGACAAGGUUUCUUGGCUGAGUGCUUGCAGCUGGCUUCCUCUGCUACCAAUGUCAGAGCCAUCUUCCCCUUCAUCAAACUGGUCACUACAGAGCUGGGUGGUGAAGGAGUCCAGGUCUGUGUGGAGCUUUGUGCCCAGGCGUUGCAGCUGUGUGACAUCAAGGCUGACUCUGUAACCCAGUCACUGGUCUGCAAGACCAUCGCCUUCCUGCUCCCUCAUGACCUGGAGAUCUGUCGAGCGUGUGCCCUGCUCGUCUUCUGCCAGGAACGAAGUCUGGAGGCAUACCGAACGGUCUGUCUGCUCUACAUGCACCCUGACCAGGAGCCGCAUCCCCACAACAGCCCUGUCCGGACAUGUGUUCGAUUUCAUAUCCUGCAGAUGCUCAAGGAGCGCCUGUGUUUUGACCCUGAAUUUUGGAACCUCCUCACCAUCAGGACCCGCUGCUUAGAGUUGAUAAGUGACAAUGUCAUGAAAGCUGCUGUUCUCAGUGAGAUGAAAGAGGAAGAAGAGAAGGAAUACAGAGAAGAACUGUUAACAAAUAAUUGUGUAACUGACUCUUGCGCGCAUACAUGCCAUUGCACUGGAGUUGCAUUUGUGAACCAAGACCUUCCAGAAGAGGAAAUGACAGAUGAAGAGGCGAGAAAGCAUACCGUUGAACUGCCACUGACUAGCAGGAGAUGGAGGAGAAGGCUGAGAAGGAGACAACUACCCAUGUCUGAUGAUGAGGUGGAUCUCAGUGACGAUCCAGAGUUCAAAUACAAUGUCAAAUCCACUUCAAAGGGUAAAAAGCCAGUAUACUCACUAAGACGCAAUCACACUAACAAGGAAAAUUCUGCCUCUGCAAAGCUCCCUAUAAACCGCAAGAGAGAAUACUUAUCUAGAUGCGUUAAGAGCCAAAUUUUGAAAAGAAAAGGUCGGAAGAAAAGGUGGCUGCAGGGUCUUCCGAGGCUGGAACCUGUGCCGGCGGUUAAAGAGAAAAAUGGCAAAGUCAGAGGGAGAAAACCGGGAUGGAAGCUUUUACCAAAACUGGAACUCUCUUACCCUGACAAUGAGAUGCCCUAUGCUGAAGAGGAGUCAGGUUUUGUGGACAAAAUAGACACAGAAGACCGAGAUCAGGAGAUGCCUCACUUGGAGUGCGAACUUAACAUCGACAGCGAAAAGAAAGAAACCAAACUUGAGCAAAUGAAUGAACUUGAGAGAGAACAUGCCCACAUGGUCUGUGGAAGUAGUCUUGGUGACGAAACCCAAGAGGAAUCCGUAACGCAGCUAGGACCCAAGCUUUGUGAUGGUCCUAGUGAUGGUCAAUGUGCAUUUCCUGCAGUUGAAGCGAAUCCUGAGCUUGACGGUCCAUCGUUAGAGUUGUUGGAGUGUCCAGUAGAACAGUGGCACAGUUACACCCUUAAGUCCAAAGCGCUCGACAGUGAAAAACUGCAACCUUCAGAAUCUGAGGAACUUAAUGGCAACACAGAAGAGGAGGAUCAACCAACAGAUGAAACAAAAGUCUUAAAAACUGAGGUGAAAGCCAAGAGCACAUGGAGGGAAAGAGUGCUCCGUACUCAACAGUAUGGCCAUUUGGAGUACCACUGCAACGUCUGCCACAAAGUCUACAAGGGCUUGAAUGUUAUGAGGCACGCUCUGUCACAUCUCAAGUCUAAAAAACUACGAUGUAUACUUUGUGGAAAACGCUUUAAACAGCUCUCAUUCGCCAAAAAGCAUGUGUUGGAACACAUUGAGACGAUGUGCAAAGAGAAGCCCCCUGAUAAGAACCCGGACACUCCAGCUGCUAAUGGAAUUGUAGAUAAGGGGGAAGGUCAGUGCCCGACUCCUGAACAAAAACGGGGAGGAAAACCUAAAGUGUCGACGCUCGGGAGGGAAGAACGCAUCAUCAGGAACCUCCGCACACUCAUCAAAAAGACGUCCGUGCUUCACACUAAAUGCAAAAAACCUGACUCUAACAUAUUCAGGCAGGUACACUUCAAGGAUGAGCAGGUGGUCAUUAAGGACGGACUGGUGGUUGUGAGCCAUCCGUCUUUGGUGGCGAAGGAAGAAAAAGUGGAGGGGGCGGAGACGCCGGCAGGAGAAAACGGCUUCAGUUUGGAGAUCACGUAUCACCUGUGCCCGUCGGAGUCCUGUGAUAGGGUGUUCCUGAAGCUCAGCAGCACGCUGAUGAAGCAUGCUAUCAAAUGCCACAUUAACGAAGAGAAUGUGCUGGAGAAGACUUUUGUUUGGUCGAAGCAUAAAUGCACCCUCUGCCUCAGGCAGAUCCAGUCUCUCCAGCAUUACAAGGAACACAUGAAGCUCCACAGCUCUCCACUCCCGCACUUCUGCUACCACAUGGAGUGUAAUCAGCGCUUCCUGACACAGCUGGAAUUAAAGGAGCACAUCAAUACCCACAAGCCCUUCAGACCUCAGUGUCCGUUCACAGAGUGUGAGAAGCUUUUCUCGAGCCUUCUGGGUCUUUAUGACCACGAAUGGAGACAUUACAUCCCAGUACCUCAGAGAGAGGAGCCGGAGUCGGGGUCCAGCAGACAGACGGAGCAAAGCACUGAAGCGCCCUGGAAGCAGAGAGUGAAGGUUGAAGAGAUGUGGCUGCAGAAUAAGAAGGCGCAGAGGGAGAGUCCCACUCCUGAAGCUUCCAGUUUUGAGGAUGUCAAGGCAAAAAUUCAAACUGACGAUCAGCAAUGUACAGACGAUAUUCACAAUUGUCCAGAGAAUCUCAGCUGUGAGCACACGGACGGCGUCAAACCCACCAUCAAUGGCUACGAGGAUGGGAUAAUAAACGCGUCGGAGAGAUCGCAAACUGACGGAGGUGCAACCGCACAAAGCAAGAGGAGUCGGAAAAAACCAGGCAUCAAGUUGGACCCGUUAAAUGUCAAAGAUCUCGAGGACAUGGCCACUAUAUCUGAGGGAGUUCAGCAGAAACUGGAAGAGCCGCACAUUACUGAGCAUAAAACCUUCAAGCCCGAAGAUCCCGCCUACGCAACUUUCGUCAAAGCCCCCUUCAUCCGGCCGCCACCCUCCACUUACCUGGAUGAAUCUUUGCUCUCCAUGCGGAAGAGGAGGUCCACUGAUGAGGCCGCCCCCAAGAAAGCUGUUAAUUGGAAUCAUAAGAAAAACAAAGACUCGGCCUCAGAAAGGGAGCAGGACAACGACGUGGCUCCCGAGCACAAAGUGAGGCAACGCUGUGACAAAUGUCUUUCUUCCUUCAGCAGCUUAGAGGAGUUGCAGAAACACCGAACCCUUAACACUUGCUCUGCUCUCUUUGGCUUCGAUUCGGAUGAUGAAAGCUAGCCGUGAAAUGGAGCUGCAACUGGAAUAGUUCUCUGCCACCGUCUCUGCACCUGCUUCCCAAAGGAGCGCUGGAACCCUUUAUUAACACUAUUACGACUGAAUAUGAAGGUGGGGUGUGUGCCAAAAUAUGUAAUUGGAUAAUAAGUCAUAGUCUUUUGAAGCAAUAAUUUUGACACCUAUAGAUCGGUUUCGACCUAUGUUCAUCUACAUUAGAAUGUCAUAAAUCUGUAUUGAGGUCAAAAUAACUUCCAUAGAAUUACAAUUGGUGUAAGCUGUUUACAAACGCUCAGUUACAUGCAGCCUUAAAACAACUUGUGGGCACAGUACUCCUAUUUUUAGGGGUCAUUAAUUUAGCUCAAUUCACAAAGAAUUCAGAGUUUUAUGUUACACUUUUUUUCAUGAGAUGGCCCCUCUUUUUUUUUUUUGUUGUUUUUGUUUUGCACAGUGGACAUUUGGACAGCUGGUUAAUAAUAAUUGUUAUUCUAAGUUCAUCCUCCUGUUCACGUCUGCGGGAUGCAGCUGCAAUGUUAUCAGUAGAACUACUAGUGUAUAGCAGGUGGAUAAUGCUGUAAAGAUUAAAUAAAUACAAAAUGCGGUCUACUGGGAGGAGGCUUGGUUGUACAGCCUCACAGCUGGAAGGAAGGAGCUGGGGUGAUGCUCCUUCAGUCAGCUGCUAAAGGUGCUGCCCAGCGCUGUUAUAGCGCCAUGGAGAAGUUGGGACUGGUUGAUUUUCGAUCAUGGAUGACAGCUUUGCUUCCAUCCUCCGAUCACCUACCAAGUCUGUUCAGACUCUUUUCGUCGAAGUAUUCACUGAAAUAAUUGAUUUCAGGUGUUCCAGUCACUCCCUAGCUCCGUGAAUUCCAGCAUGUUACUAUCACGGGCAACAAAAUUUUAUCACUAUUAAAUAUUCCACAGUCAACUGUCAGUCAGUGCGUUUACAUGCACGUGAAAAGACUGAAUAAUGGCCUUAAUCGGACUCUAGCAGGACAACUUAAGUGCAUGUAAACACGUUAUUCCGAUUGGAAAAUUGGAGUUCUCUUUAUCCGAUUAAGACACCCAGAUAAUGCGAUUGGAAUUCGGAACAAAUACAUUGAAGAAAGGUGAUCGCAGAAGAAGACGGUAAACAUAGCCGGUAGUAGAACCAUCUGAGGGAUAGCGCAGAUCUUACCUGCACCAUAAGUAGCGGUCACAUUACGCAGGAGAUUAAAAGAGCUGAACUAUUAUCCGUUGAGUUGUUGUUUGAAAUGCCGGUCUGCCGCAUGAACG